AUGUUGAGCAGCGCAUCGGUGCAGGCGAUUUAUAACAUAACACUGAUGUACGCCGUCGUCUGGACGAUAAACAGUCACUAUGCUAGCGACUCCAGCAAACCGUUGUCCAUUAUGCACUUUGCCACGCGCGACUCAAGUCGCGCUCUCCACAACGAUCUGAUUGAUUCUGUGCUGUGUUUGGCAUCGGGCGCCGGGCGCAUCAAGUUUCUGCUGGAGCACGAACGCAUCGAUGACGACGAGCCGCCGGCGGGCACGGCACAGCAGACUGGCCUGGCCAGCGGCUUUGUGGGCCGCGAAACGGCCAUAUUGCUGCUGGACAGCUGGCGCGCCUAUAUGCGUCUGGAGCGGCAUCUGUUGCAGCCGGACAGCUUCUUUAAGCGCAACGGCUUCUAUUGCAUUGUGUACACGGGCCAGGAGUUGGGACGUCUGCGCACCAUUGGCGCAAUCUUUCAACGUCUGCUCGCCAUCUAUGUGAUCAAUGUGAAUGUGCUGCUGGUGGGGCGUCAGACUGGCACCGUGCGAGUCUACAAUUAUUAUCCAUAUCGGCCGCAUCGCUGUCAGUCCUCGGAGCCGGUGCACUAUGCCACCUUUCAGGGCGGUCUCGGCGCACCGCCCAUAAUCCAUGUGGAGAACAGCGUUCAAUUCUUUGACUCCAAGCUGCAUGACAUGCAUGGCUGCCAGCUGGUCACCGUCACCUUUGAGAGUCGCCCCUUUGUCUUCUUCAAUGACAAUGACGCCAGCCUGCCCGAUGCCCAGCGCAUGCAUGGCAUCGAGGGCAUGAUCUAUCGCCUGCUGGCGGAGCGCAUGAACUUUGGCAUCAAAAUCGUUAAGGAGCCAAAUAACAAUCGAGGCGAAGUCCUUCCCAAUGGCACCAUCACGGGCGCCAUGAAAAUGAUCGUUGACGGCGUGGCGAACAUAACCUUCGUCUCGUUUAUGUACAACAUGGAGCGCGCCACGUACAUGCUGCCGAGCAUCUCGUACACCAGCUUUCCGAUAGUGCUCUGCAUACCCGGCGGCUAUCCGCUGUCGCCGCUGCAGCGCCUAACCAAGCCGCUGGGCUACAUCACCUGGCUGUGCCUGUUGACGUGCGUGCUGCUGGGCCUGGGCCUGAUCGCCUGGCUGCAGUUGCUCAGCGGUCCGCGAUUGCGUCGCUUUGUGCUUGGCGAUAACAAUCGGCUGCCCGGCACGGAGCUGUGGAGCACACUGCUCGGCGGCCUGCAUUUGCAUCCGCCGCGUCGCAAUUUCGCCCGAUAUUUGCUCGCACUCUGGCUGCUUCAGACUCUGGUGCUGCGCGCCGCUUACACGGGCGAGCUGUACAUUCUGCUGCAGGAUGGGCGGGUGCGUACACCGUUGCGCUCGCUGUCCGAGGUGCUGGAGCGGAAGUAUGCGUUCCAUAUGCUGCCCGCACUGCAGCCGGUGUUCAAGGACAUUGUGCCACGGCAGCGUAUCGUUGUGGUGUCUGGCCUGGAGAAUUGGCUUCGCCGGCUACGCGAUGACAACGAGGCGCAAUUUGUGGUGCCGGUGCUGCAGCCGACCGUAUCCAGAUUCGACAUGGACUCCGGUAUCGAAAAGCAACGUCUCACUAUGCUGCCCUAUCCCCUGCUGACCGCCCCGCUGGCGUUUUAUAUGCGUCCACAUUCGUAUCUGAAGCAGCGCAUCAACAAGCUGCUGAUCAACAUGAUGUCCUCCGGCCUGGUGCAUCGCUAUCGUCGCAUGUACCUCGACCGGAUCGAGCAUAUGGCCGCUCAGCGCAGCCGUGCACCAACCAAACUUAGCCUCUGGCUGCUCGCCGGCCUCUUUGCCAGCUUGGGGCUAAUGCAUCUGUUCGCCAGCAUCGUGUUCAUGCUCGAACUGCGCGCCGCUCAGCCACAGCGACAACGUCUACGGCGGCUCAUGAAUGCGGCCAAUCGUUAUGUGGUCUAA